CACAGGCAGGCACACACACAUGCUGUAGAUACUGCCACUGAGGCACGGGAGUUAGCCAAGAGAUUACCUUGUUCCACAUCAAGGAAUAAAUUCCAAUUUCUUAUAAUAAAUUACUGCCCUUCAAGAUGAUGCAUGACGUGCUCAACCACGUGGAAUUUUAUUGCUUGCAAAUUUGACUAGGAGACUUUCAACGGAUAGAAAAAGCGGUUUACACAGCAACUUCCUCUUCUCUCCAGUUUCCUUCCAGUUUGCAAGAUCUUGCUUUCUUUCGACAUUUGCUUUAAGCCAGAUUCCCAUGCCGUCCGCCAUAAAUGCAACGGUGGCUCAGCAAACAGCUGCUGGGUCAGUUCCCAGCCCUGCUACCAGCACUACAACCGAGGGUGCAGGUGGGGGCACAGGGGGGAUUUAUUCUGCCAUUAUAAGCCGCAACCAGCCCAUUAUCAGAGUAAAGGAGAAGACCUAUGAAGAGCUUCACAAGAAGUGCCUGGAGAAAAACAUUCUCUACGAAGAUCCUGAUUUCCCACCAAAUGAGUCCUCCCUCUUCUAUAGCCAGAAAAUCCCCAUCAAGUUUGAAUGGAAAAGACCACGUGAAAUCUGUGAGAAUCCACGGUUUAUUAUUGGUGGAGCCAACAGAACAGAUAUCUGCCAAGGAGAAUUAGGUGACUGCUGGUUCCUGGCUGCCAUUGCUUGCCUGACGCUGAAUAAAAAACUCCUCUGUAGAGUCAUACCUCAUGACCAGUCCUUCAUACAAAACUAUGCCGGCAUCUUUCACUUCCAGUUCUGGCGCUACGGAGACUGGGUGGAUGUCGUCAUCGAUGACUGCUUGCCCACAUACAACAACCAGCUGGUCUUUACCAAGUCCUCCCAGCGCAACGAGUUCUGGAGCGCCCUCCUGGAAAAGGCCUAUGCAAAACUCCAUGGAUCAUAUGAGGCUUUGAAAGGAGGCAACACCACCGAAGCCAUGGAGGACUUCACUGGAGGAGUCACAGAGUUCUACGAGAUAAGGGACGCCCCUAAAGAUAUCUAUAAAAUCAUGAAACAUGCCAUCGACAGAGGAUCCCUCAUGGCCAGCUCCAUUGAUGAUCACCUCGGCUUUUCCUAUGGAUCAGCUCCUCGGAGUGACAUUGGGGAACUGAUUGCUCGAAUGGUGAAGAAUCUAGAAAACGCACAGAUGACUCACCCCACUGUAGACUACCAGGGAACGGAUGAGAGGCCAGCCUGGACCAUAGUGCCGAUGCAGUAUGAAACCCGGAUGUCUUGCGGGCUCGUCAAAGGCCAUGCCUACUCUGUCACGGCUGUGGAAGAGACAAUGUUUAAAGGAGAAAAAAUACGUCUGGUAAGGCUGAGAAACCCCUGGGGGCAGGUGGAAUGGAACGGACCUUGGAGUGACAAGUCAGAGGAGUGGAAUUUCAUUAAUGAAGCAGAGAAAAUCCGCCUACAGCACAAGAUCGCGGAGGAUGGGGAGUUCUGGAUAUCAUUUGAAGAUUUCAUGAGGCACUUCACAAAACUUGAGAUCUGUAACCUCACACCUGAUACUCUGGAAGCCGAUAAACUCCAGACCUGGACCGUGUCAGUCAAUGAAGGGCGCUGGGUGAGAGGCUGCUCAGCUGGAGGUUGCCGCAAUUAUCCAGAUACAUUUUGGACCAAUCCCCAGUAUCGCUUGAAGCUGCUGGAGGAAGAUGAUGAUCCUGAGGAUGAAGAGGUUGUCUGCAGCUUCCUUGUUGCACUGAUGCAGAAAAACAGGAGGAAAGAACGCAAGCUGGGAGCCAACCUGUACACCAUUGGCUUUGCCAUCUACGAGGUGCCCGAAGAGAUGCAUGGUACUAAGCACCACUUGCAAAAGGAUUUUUUCCUCUACAAUGCCUCCAAAGCUAGAAGUAAAACUUACAUAAACAUGCGAGAAAUCUCUGAGCGCUUCCGGUUACCUCCCAGCGAGUACGUCAUCAUCCCAUCAACAUAUGAACCCCACCAGGAGGGAGAAUUCAUCCUGAGGGUCUUCUCAGAGAAAAGAAGUCUUUCAGAGGAGGUUGAAAACAUGAUUGAGGCAGAGCGUCCAUCAAAGAAGAAAAAAGGCAAGCCUAUCAUCUUUGUUUCUGACAGAGCAAACAGCAAUAAGGAACUGACAGCAGAUGAAGAUGCUGGCAAAGAUGGUGAAAAAACCCACGUAGAUGAGAAAAAGCGUCCUUCAGCAAAAGCUCGUGAGGCGAGUGAAGAGGAAAAACAGUUCAGGAAUAUUUUCCGACAGAUUGCAGGGGAUGACAUGGAGAUCAAUGCUGAAGAACUCAGGAAUGUUCUCAACAAUGUCGUAAAAAAACAUAAGGACCUAAAGACAGAAGGAUUUGAACUGGAAUCCUGCCGCAGCAUGAUUGCUUUAAUGGAUACAGAUGGCUCAGGGAAGAUAAACUUUGAUGAGUUUCGACACCUCUGGGACAAGAUUAAAAGCUGGCAGAAAAUUUUCAAGCGUUAUGACACGGAUCAUUCGGGAACCAUUAACAGCUACGAGAUGCGUAAUGCAGUCAAGGAUGCAGGGUUUCGGCUGAACAACCAGCUCUACGACAUCAUCACCAUGCGCUACGCAGACAAAAACAUGAACAUCGACUUCGACAGCUUCAUCUGCUGCUUCGUACGCCUGGACGCCAUGUUCAGAGCAUUCCAUGCCUUCGAUAAAGAUGGAGAUGGCAUCAUUAAACUCAAUGUCCUGGAGUGGCUGCAGCUCACAAUGUAUGCGUAACAUGGGAGCCAGCAGCAAACUUCAUCAAGAACAGACUCAAGACUUCUGAGCUCCAUUCAUCCCCAAGUGCAAACAAGAGCAUUUCCUAAUUACGUGCCUCAAUCCCUCAGAUACAAAGCACAUGGGAAGAAGCUGUUGGAAAAAGAGACAACACAUAGUAGGCAGACCAGUGUGCAACUUCUGUAACUACUUUCAUAGCUCCUGGACAUUGUACUUCAAGCAACAAGGAUUAAUUUGUUGAUGACUGAAUUAAGUUUUCUCUG